UCUUUCUUAUAUGUAACAAAGCCAUAUUCAUAUGUCUAAUAUGGCUCCAUUGUUUUCUUUAUUUGCAAUUAUUCCCGUAAUAUUAGGCGGGUUUUAUUUUUAUGCACAUCAACGUACUUAUGGUAACUUGGAUAUUACAACAUCCUCAGUUGCUUAUAACCGAACUCAAUAUCAUGACUUGCUUGACUGGGAUAAAUAUGCACUUUCAAUUGAAGGUAUACCAACUUUAAUUCACUCAGGUGAAUUCCAUUAUUGGCGUAUUCCUGACAGAGAACGUUGGUCACCUAUUUUAAAACAAUAUCGAGCAGCUGGUUAUAAUACAAUUCGAAUUUAUUUUCAUUGGGGUUACCAUUCUCCUGAUGAAGGAAUCUAUCAUUUUGAUGGCAAUCGUGACAUUGAAUACCUUUUAAAUCUUUGUGAAGAAUUAAAUUUAUUCGUGUUAGCUGCUCCUGGACCUUAUAUUUGUGCUGAAACUCAGGGUGGUGGUUAUCCUUCUUGGCUUGUCGCUAAGCGUGAGUUGAAUAUACGUCAUAAUUAUAUUAUGCUUUGGCGUAAAUAUGACCCUCUAUUUGCUGACUAUGAAGUACAAUGGCUUAAUCAAAUCCUACCUAUAAUUGCAAGACAUCAAAUUACAGAAAAUAAGAAUGGUAAAAAAGGUUGUGUAUUGGGUCUUCAAAUCGAUAAUGAAUUAUUUGAAACGAUGGCUAAUUUACUACCAAUUGGUUUACAUGAUCAAAUGAGAGUUCUUGCUAAAGCUGCUAGAGACGCCGGUAUUACUGUGCCCCUAUUCACUAAUGAUGGCUUUGAAGAAGGUGGUUGGGUUCCUCGUUCUUCAUUAAUAAAUCAGAAAGAAAAAAAGAAGUUUUGGAGUAAAGAUAAAUUUGGUAUUGAUCUUUAUGGUUUCGAUAAAUAUGUUAUUUUUGCGCCUACAAGUUCUCCAAAAUCUUGGUUAAUUAAUAGUGGCGUCUCAGUAGCUUCUUGGGAUGAAUGGAACCCUAAAAAUUUGGAAAAUUCAAUGGAUAAAUUGGAAAAGAAAGUACGUGGUUUUGGUGGUGGAGCAAAAGAAUCACCUAUGUUUAUUCCAGAACUUCAAGGCGGUUGGUUUAAUCAUUAUCAAUUACAACAUACUUAUGAUCAAAUUUAUGAUUAUUAUGGUGAUGAAUAUACUAAGCUUAUAUUGGAAACAGCUUUCGCUCAAGGUGUUACCAUGUCCAGUAUAUACAUGAUUUAUGGUGGCACUAAUUGGGGAACAAUUGGUGAUCCUGAUGUAUACACUUCAUAUGAUUAUUCAGCAUGUAUUCGUGAAUUUGGUAUGCUUUCUGGAAGAGGAAGAAAUGUACGUAAAUCUCUUCUCCUUACUCGUUCAUUUGAUCCAUAUUUUACAAAGACUGAGCGCGUUUCUCAUCCAAAUGUGAAGUCAUCUAUUCCUCAUACACUUAACCUUCAACGUUAUUCUGUUGGUGGAGAUCAGGAGGUCACAUUUACUUUCUUUAGAAAUUUAGAUCGUAAGAAACGUGAAACCUUUGAUGUCACUAUUGAGGAAAAAGGGGAUACGCUGACGAUGGGAUGCUACUUACCUUACAAAACUUCAUUUAUUGCAGUUGGAAAUUAUACAAGUCAAAAUGAUUUGCAUCUAAUUAUGUCUACUAUUCCUAUUUUGACUCGUAUUGUAAAUAAAGAAAGCAAUGAAGAAGUCUGGAUUGUCGAACCCAAUGUGAUUGGAGCGAUGGCUUUUAGAACUAAAGAAGUUAAAGUUACUGGUAAUAUGCAAGACGAUGCCUUACGUACAGAUGGACCUGCUAUUAUUCUCACCUUUGAAAAAGACCAUGGCUGGACAAAGAUCGAAACUGUUAGUGGCAAUCUUUAUAUUGUAGGUCUUUCAAAAUCAGAUGCCAGUACAUUAUUUGCUGAAUUCGAGGAGCCUUAUUGGAAUAAUGGAAUCAAGAAAUACCCAGCUUUCGUAGCUUGGGGCGCUGACCACUUUUUCUAUAACAAGAAGAAACAAGCACUCGAAAUCAACCAUAAACGCUUUGAAAGAACUAUUCAUAUCUUAUCUUUCGAACCUAUUGUGGAUAAUCGUGCAAUUGUAUCUUCUGAUAGUUUUAAUCUUCCUUUCAUUUAUACAUUGACUUAUCCUAAUGCACCUCAUAUUUCGACAGCGAUCAAACCUACGCAUUGGGAAUACCGUACAGUUGAUUUUAAGAAUUUGCCUUGGAAUGAUGUAAAAAGACUUGAAGGAAAUGCAAGUGUCACAUUUGAUGCACUUGAUUACCAUUACACGAGUGGACAUAUACUCUAUCGAGCCAAAUUUCAAACACCUAAUAAAGAGGAUCCUGAAGUCAUCUUAUCCUUGAACGCACGUAAUAGAGCUACAGUCGUAGUAAAUGGUCAUAUCGUAGGUGGUCAUACAACCUAUUCUCGUCAACUGUUUAUGCCUGGAGCUAAAAUUGGACCUGAUCCCUAUUUCUUGGGCUCUCAUAAAUAUAACCUUUCACCUUUCCUCUCUCAUACUAGUUCGUUAGAAAAUGAGCUUAUUAUCCUAGUUGAAAGCUUUGGCUUAAAUCGUCAAGCAUUUAUUAUGAACGAUAUUCGUAAUCCCAGAGGUAUAAUUAAUGCUAAAUUGAAAGGACUAGAAAACGAUUCCAUAUCCUGGGAAAUAACAGGUGUUGAUGUUCGUACUUUGUCAAUUCCUUAUAGUUCCACUGGAUUCCCUGAUGAGAAUAAAGUUUCAGGAUGGAAAACAUACAAAAACAUUGAAUGUAACGAUGCAAUUGAAUGUACUCUUCCAAUUACAGUUGCAAUGGGUGUACAAUGGUUCCGUUUCCGUUUUGAUAAUGAAUUGAAGAAAUCAGUAUCUUCUUAUCAUGUCCCUCUUCGUCUUCAUUUGGAUGGAGAAUGGACUGCAAUGGUAUUUGUCAAUGACGUCUUUAUUGCGAGAUAUUAUGGAAAUGGUGAUGGUCCUCAACAUGAUUUUUACUUGCCUGAUAAUUUGAUUCGUACCAAAAAUAAUGAAGUUAAGAUUCUUGCUUAUACUUGGAAAGAUACAGAAGGAAAAUUACUUAUUGCGGGAUGGCCAGUGUUGGCUGAUAGUGGAAACUUGAUUACACAUGAAACGAAUGGAAAACCAGCUGAAUAUGUGAUAUAUAAAGAUCAGAUUACAUUAUAAAAAAAAAUUGCUACAAAAUAAAAAAAGCUUGCUUUAUAUGGUCAUAUUCCUUAUGUACAAAUAUAAAGGUAUAACAAAUAAAUUGAAAAAAGACUGUUUUAUAACGCACAAAUA